GAAUGAUUUCAAACCCGAGUGUUUGGACAAGGAGGAGGAGGAGGAGGAGGGGGUGGAGGAAGGUGGAGGGGAGGGGGUGUAAUUCCGAAGCAGGCUGGGUGGGAGAGAAGGACUGAGCCGCGAGUCCGCCGCCGCUAUAACGCAAAGAGGUUUAUCCCCGGAGAGCCUCCAUCACGCCGCCGCGUGCACGGCCGACACCAACAACAAGUAAGCCUGCGUCGACUGCGCGUGGACUUCAACAAAGGUUUUUUUUUUUGAAAAAGAGAUUCUGUCGAAUACUGGAGUGUUUUUUUUUUCUUUCUUUUUUCGGCGUGUUUUCCAUCACUUGGAUGGAGGGAUGUCCAGCGCGCGCGGUGCGCACGGCGACGGGACGCGCUGUGCCGAGCUGACGGGACGCGGACCUGCCGCGGAAAUCUGUGCAAAUCAAUGAACAUUUUGACGGAAUGUGAGUACGAGCACUUGUUUUGCACAUUUCUCCACACGGAUUUUUCCUCGCGUUGCCGUAGCGUCGCAUUAAUAUUUUCCUUUUGAUUAAUUUGGAGAUCAAAACGAUCUUUUAUUUUUAUUUUUUUAUGUAUAUAUUCUGGACAAUGCAUUCGUAUUUUAACACGAUCCCACAACUGAGGUUGGGUUGAGUGUGAUUUUUUAUUUUUUUUUUUAAACUGUUGAUUAUUUGUAACCACUGAAGAAACGCGUACUGGGACUCAGCCAAACAGUCAUGGCUAAAAAUCCGUCCGAGGGGCCGAAGGAUGACCUGGGCCAGCUGACGGACGACGAGCUGCUGCGCUGCAGCAAGGACGAGCUGCUCCGGAAGCUGAGGAGGAUUGACGGGGAGAAGAUGAACUUGAUGAUCGAGCACGGCAACAUGAUGAAGGACAUCAACCGGCGGCUGCAGGUGCACCUCCACGAGAUCCGCAGCCUGAAGGAGAUCAACCAGAAGCUGCAGGACGACAACCACGAGCUGCGGGAGCUCUGCUGCUUCCUGGACGACGACCGGCAGAAGGGCAAGAAGCUGUCCCGGGAGUGGCAGCGGUUCGGCCGCUACACAGCCAGCGCCAUGUGGAAGGAGGUGGGGACCUACAUGAUGAAGCUGAAGGAGCUGGAGGCCAACCAGGAGAGCGUGCUGAGGGAGAACUCUGAACUGAAGGAGAUUAUCCUCAUGCUGGACGAGGAGAGGAACGGAGCGGGCUCCAGGAGCUCCAUAGACAGCCAGUCCAGUCUGACCAACCUGAACGGCGGCACCGGUACGGUCAGGGAUGUUGGGGACGGCAGCAGCACGUCCAGUACCGGCAGUGCUGGGAGUCCGGAUCACCACAAUCACAACCACAUACACAAGCCCUCAGAGAAUAAUAAGCUGGGCCCCACCAUGAGGAGGUCCAUGGAUGACCUGUCUGCGCCACACCAUCACAGAAGCAUCCCCAACGGACUGAAUGAUUCCUCCUCCAACUACAUCAGGCAGCUGGAGACGAAAGUGCGGAUACUGGAGGACGACAACAACAAGCUGCUCUCGCAGGCCCAUAGCCGGUAUAGCUUAUCACAAAUACAGACAAGAAAGCAGUGUAACCCCGGUGACCUUCGUGCCCUGAGGAAGGGAAUGACUCUGUACCACUCAGAGUCGCAGCUGUCCUCCCUGCCGCAGCGCCAGGAAGCCAUGCACAUGGGGACGGGUCGCCUGCCCACCAGCGAGUCCUCUCCCGCCACCGGGUACCUGUCCUGCGUCCAGAAGCCCGAGGCCGUGGUGCACGCCAUGAAGGUGCUGGAGGUUCACGAGAACCUGGACAAGCAGGUUCCCGAAGACUACGAGGACGAUCUGAGCGAGAAGGAGAAGGCCAUCGUGCGAGAGAUGUGCAACGUGGUGUGGAGGAAGCUGGGCGACGCCGCCGGAUCAAAGCUGUCCAUCAGACAGCACCUCUCUGGGAACCAGUUCAAAGGGCCGCUGUAGCUCCAAACCUGCGAGAGAUCGAGGAGAGAGAGAGAGAGAGAGAGAGAUGGGGAUCCACAGUACCUACACUCACCUGAAAACGCCACCUCACUACCUGCACGGCCCAGCAUGCCGUGCUCCGUGCUGCCUACGGCGGCCAGAUUCCCCGUCUACAGAACGGACACCUUCGCUGUUACACUCACAGUGUAUUCUCUCUCUGAGCUCAAGUUGACGACCGGCAGCUAGUUUCACUCAUUCGCCACUACUUUCUGAUGAUUUGGAGGCUUUUGGACACACACAUCCCGGACAGACACACACACACCCCGCUUCCAGUCCUUUUUCAGUGCUUACAAUAAGCUAGCGUCGCCACGUGGUUCUAAAGCACAGGCCGGACGAGGCGGCGAGGGCAGUCAGCCUGCUGGAGUGUGAAGCGGUAUCUUCAGAUGAAGUUUUUUUGAUAGUACCUUCUAUAGAGACCCUAGCCCCCGUCACGCGUCCCUCCUCCUCCCUUCCCCCCCCCCAGUGGUCAGUGAGUACUAGCUAGCAUUAGCGUUCUAAGGCCUCCUUUACACGACGGCCUGUGUUUCCGUGUUUUCGUUUCAGCAAAGCUUGCAUCGCAGGGUUUGGAAACAACAUGAAAACGUUGCGUUUUCAUCACCGUUGUCGUGUGAACAGACGCCCAGGCUGAAACAAAACUCUGGAAAAUGUUGUCGUGUAAACAGAGCCUCAAAGUUAACUAAGUGAAACCCACUGUGACCUAGCGCCUUUUUUGCUCGUAAGACAAGUCUAUGGAUAAUAAAGUCUAGAGAUCACUGUUAACUCGUGUAUAUUAUGUAUAAAACCAUAGCACUACUUCAUUGUUACUGUCGAUUUUACUUUUUGAUUUUGUAUUCUAGCGUGGCCAUGUGAUCAACCAUUCAGUUUUAAAAGCACACGAAACAACCGGACCUUAAAACAGGGUUUGCUUUUAGUAAUAAACUUCACUUUCUUUCAUUUUUUUUUUUUUUUUAAUUCUUUUCUAACUAGAUUGCUGUUCUUCCUCCUCUCUGUAACCUCUGAUAAAUUAUCACAGCCAUUCUGAAUCCAUCGUUUUUCCUACGUUCUCAAACUAAAAAUUCGUAUGCUGUGUGCAUGCUUGACAAUCAUUUUCUCAGGUCGGGAGGGCUACAGCUUUACCUUCGCCCGUCUGUGACUGUGCGAGUUGUGUGUUUGCGUGUGUGGAAGGAGGCUAAGUGGUUUCUCUUGCGGCUGUAGCGUCUGCCUGCGAGUCCUCUAUUCUGGUUUUUUUUUUCUCUCUCUCUAUUUCUUCUUAUUUGGCUGUUGAACCCUGGCUACGAAGCAGUUGACGACUGCUGAAGACAUUUUCUGAAUCCAUACAGAAAGAUUAAGAAGAAAGAAAGCCUAAAAUUUUCCGAUUUUUUUUAUUGCAAUAAUUGUACAAAAUAAAAAAAAUGAAUCGCCUCUUUUAAUAUUUGCUCUUGUUAUGGAUUCAGCAGGUGUGUUCACGCAGUGCAUGUUAAUUUUUUUAUUUCUUAGAAUAUGAGAAGUCUUCCCUUCGAUGUGUUCAUACCAUAAAACACUAACAUUAAAAAAAAAAAAAGUAUUUCUUGAUGUCAGAAUGAACAGACACUGUUUGUCAGAGUAUUUAUUACCAGGCGUUAGAUGGAGAUGGGAUCGCGCUCUGACGGACGGAUUUCCAGUAACUUGAUGUGUUUAAAGUGAGCUGACUGACUUGUUGAGUGGCGUUCUCAUCUCCGGUGUCAUUUGUUCCAAAUUAGAACAUGAAUAA